UUGUCGCAAGCGUGAACACAAAUAAAAAAACGAGUAUGCAUUCGUUCGCUCGGAAAAGAGGAAGAGGGGAGAGUCUUGGCGGGUGAAUUCAACACUGUGAUAUUUGUGAACGUUUUGUUGACGCUCCCUUGGCCGCCACCAAGAGCGGUGGCGACGCGCCGUCAGUGCAACACCAUCGCUUGAAUGACAACGCACAAGGCAGACGCACAGCGGAAAUUUCUUAUGAAUUUUACAUCGGCGGUUGGUUCUGUAAAACAAGUCAUCCUGGGAUUACCGAAGUAGCGGAAUUUUGUGGAGUUGCUGUCUCUGAAUCGGAGCAAUGCCAGAAUAAUGAAGAGAUGACCGUCCGUGGUGACCGCUUGUACUGCUGAGCUGUGGGCUGGCGGUAGAUGAGGCCGUCGUCAUGCCCCCUGGGAAGUAUGGGAUGGAGGAGGAGUGGGAGGCGGAGGGGAACGCUGACAUCAUGGUGGACUUCCUGCUCCCGACCGGCAUCUUCCUGGAGUUCCCGGUGUCUCGCAAUGACACCAUCGCCGACAUCAAGAAGUUGGUGUGGAGGAGAGCCAGCAGCGAGCCCCUGUUCAACGCGCUGGGCGACCCCGCCUCCUACGUCUUCGUGUGCAUCAGCUCAGCGGCGGAGCGCCUGGAGCUGGAGGCGGAGCACCGGCGCCUGGCCGACGUGCGGCCCUUCGCCUGCUUCCUGCAGCUGGUGGCCCGCGAGGGGGACCGUGCCGAGAAGCUGGCCAACGCCCAGAUCAGCCUGCUCAUCGGGAAAGGCAUCAACGAGUUCGAGGCGCAGAAGAACCACGAGGUGAGCGAGUUCCGCGCGCGGCUGCGGGCGUUCUGCGAGGAGAAGGCUCUGCAGCAGCAGGCGCUGCCCUGGUUCCAGUGGAUGGAGUGUAACUUCCCCUGCGACCUGGAGCCCUGCCGCGCGCUGCCCUCCCGCGGGGGCGGGGCCAAGGCCCCCAAGAAGAUCUUCAUCAACAUCCAGUUCGAGGGCAGCGACGAGAGCUUCAUGCUCCAGCAGGACCCCCAGGAGCCCCCCCUCGCCCUGAUCCGCAGCGCGCUGAAGAAGAAGGCCACGGUGUUCCGCUGGGUGCGGCAGGAGGCCGAGGACUACACCCUGAGGGUCAACGGGCGCUGGGACUUCCUCUACGGGGACCACCCCAUGUGCCAGUUCAAGUACAUCUUCUCGUGCCUGCGGGACGGCCAGAACCCCCAGCUGACCAUGGUGUACCACAGCACCAUCAGGGCCUACCAGGAGGACCAGGGCAGCGCCUGGAGGCAGGGCUCCAAGAGCUCCACCUCAGCCUCGAAACCCCCCCCGCUGCCCCUGAAGAAGCAGAACACCACGCUGCUGUGGACCAUCAGCGAGCCGCUGUGCAUCCACCUGCUGCAGGGCAGCCGGGUCAACGCCGACGAAGGCAUGAAGGUGGGCGGGGCCUCUGGCGCCUUCACACUGCGCCGCUCAAUGAGACGCCGCCGCCUGUUGUUUACAAACGCCUCGGAGGGUCAUGUGACCCGACCGCACGUUUCCCAUAAUUCUUCUAGGCGUGUCCCCCCCACCCUGUGUCCCUUGUCCAACAAACGCAUCGGCCACUUCCUCUUCUGGCAUCUCAGGUCGGAGAUGCACGUGUCCUCGGUGAGCCUGCGGUUCGGUCUGAUCCUGGAGGCCUACUGCAGGGGCAACAUCCACCACAUCAGGAGCCUCACCAAGCAGAACGAGGCCCUGGGGAAGCUGAAGGCCCUGAGCGACAUCGUGAAGUCGGGCUCCCAGAAGAUGAGCGCCGACGACCUGAAGCUGUGCAUCAAGCAGGACUCGUACAUGGAGGCGCUGUCGGACCUGCUGUCCCCCCUCAACCCCAGCAUCAUCCUCUCAGAGAUCUGUGUGGAGAAGUGCAAGUACAUGGACUCCAAGAUGAAGCCUCUCUGGUUGAUGUACAAAAACCAGUGGGUACCCGGAGACCUGAUGGGCAUCAUCUUCAAGAACGGAGACGAUCUCCGUCAGGACAUGCUGACCCUGCAGAUGAUCCAGCUCAUGGAGAACCUAUGGAAGAAAGAGGGUCUGGAUCUUAGGAUGAUCCCGUACGGCUGUCUGUCCACGGGGAACAAGAUGGGUCUGAUCGAGGUGGUGAAGAACUCGGACACCAUCGCCAACAUCCAGCGGGACAACAGCAACAGCGCGGCCACGGCGGCCUUCAACAAGGACGCCCUCCUCAACUGGCUCAAGUCCAAGAACCCCGAGCAUAAGCUGGAACAGGCGAUCGAGGAGUUCACGCUGUCCUGCGCUGGCUACUGCGUGGCCACGUACGUCCUGGGCAUCGGAGACCGUCACAACGACAACAUCAUGAUCAGGGAGACAGGACAGCUAUUUCAUAUCGACUUUGGCCACUUCCUGGGAAACUUCAAAAGGAAGCUUGGCAUUAACCGCGAGCGCGUGCCGUUCAUCCUGACCUACGACUUCGUCCACGUCAUCCAGCAGGGAAGGACCAACAACAGCGAGAAGUUUGAGAGGUUCAGGGACUACUGCGAGCGCGCCUACAAGAUCCUGUGUCGGAACGGGACUCUGUUCGUCAACCUCUUCGCCAUGAUGAAGGCAGCGGGACUGCCAGAGCUCUCCUCGUUCAAGGACAUACAGUACCUUAAGGACUCUUUGGCGUUGGGGAAGACGGAGGAGGAGGCUCUGAAAAGCUUUAAGGUGAAGUUCAACGAGGCUCUGAGGGAGAGCUGGAAGACCAAGGUCAACUGGAUGAUGCACUCCCUGGCCAAAGACAAGAGGCCGUGAGCCCCCAGGCCGGAGGGGAGGAGACCCCCGUAGCCACCUGCCCCCCUGGGGUGUAUUCUAUGGGACCAAAUAUGGGGAAAAUGCACUGAAAAGAUUCAACUUCACGGAUGCCAUUUAGAGAACUUCAAUGAAUGUUUACGCCUGAGUUGCCAGGUUCCCUUAAAGCUAAGCUGAACUAGCUUCUGCCAUCUCGAGGGAUAACGAUAUAUAUUAACGAGACGGACGAACGGGAUGACGUCAAUAAGGUCUCGGAGGACGGGUAUUCAUUAGCGCCUUCUAUUCUUUCGUCUAACAGAAGGCCGAUUUUCCUCGGCCGUUUGAGCUGGUUCAAUGCAUUGCUUACGCGUUACUUAUGGACGAAAACUUGUAUGUACAAAAGCCCAGCAAACUGACUCUAAUGCAUCCCUCGACGGAGAAGACUGCAAGAGUAUUCUAUGGUUUUGGAAGACCCCAUUCCCCUUAAGGUUUACAUCAUGUUCUGCCAUUUCAAGUGCAUUUCCCCUCAACAUAUCAAGUUAGAUUAUGAUUUAUAUAAGAUAUCAUCAGGGUUUUCUGAGGAACUUGUGUAGGUUUUAUUAUUUUUCAUGCUUCGAUACAUGUUUUUUCACUUUUGCCUUCAAAACUUUGAAAAUUGCCUCACAGUAUGACCUUUAGAGAAGUAAUAAUAAUAAUAAUAAUAUUAAGAAGAACUGAAUAUUAAACUAAAGUAUUUCCUAAUGAUUAAGCCAUCGUAUCGAAAGCAAUCAUACCCAUCCUCUAAAUUGUGGAUGUAUUUUGUGAAUUAAAAUCAGAUGAUUCUCACGACCCGGACCCACACAGCAACCUGGUGCCAGUCGAACCAAGAGCCCCUCUCAGACUGGAGCUGGGACAUGAUAAUAUAGUGUGUGUGUGUGUGUGUGUGUGUGUGUGUGUGUGUGUGUGUGUGUGUGUGUGUGUGUGUGUGUGUGUGUGUGUGUGUGUGUGUGUGUGUGUGUGUGUGUGUGUGUGUGUGUGUGCACGCACGCGAGAGAGAUGUUACCAAUUCAUUUAUUUCAAUGCGUAGAAUGUCAGCUGCCUCUGUGCUUUUGCCUAGUUUAUGUUAAUGCAAUGACUGCUCUGUUGUCUAAGCCCUCUUAUGCACCCAAUGUGCUUUCAGAAAGUAUUUAAAGAAAUAUAUGUUUUUAUUAAAUAGAGGGGGGGGGGGGGGGAUGUGUGUCUAAGAUAUGGUGGUGGUAAGCUACCACUGCCACCACUGCCAAUUCAAUGUUUAGUGCUGCUGAGUGCAAUAUCCCUUGAUAAACAUCUGGUUAAACUAUUCAUCCAGAGAAACUGCAUUAUUUAUAUAUUAUUAUACACGUGUAUGUUACAAUGUCCCCAGUAUUAUGAGGUAAAAAUAACCAUAUCAUUAUCUAUUCAACAUCGGUAAUGUUGACACCUAGUAUCGUU